GCUUGCGUGGUGAUGUCAGACGCCGUUAGGCGCCGCCGGCUUGGCUAACCGCCCGCCAUCUUGGCCCGCUUGGUGUGGAAGCGGCUCUAGCGGUUGCUUCGGCCUCGGACUACAAAUCCAAGAUUCUAGAUCUACAUUUAUUAUCCAGUUAAAGCAAAGCAUAGCAGGAAGAUUGGAGAUUCCGGACUCAAUGAACUGAAAUGUCGGAAAAGUCAGGCCAGAGCACAAAAGCAAAGGAUGGAAAAACCAAGUAUGCAACAUUUAGUUUAUUUAACACUUACAAAGGAAAGACUUUGGAAACACAGAAGACUACAGUUACAGCACGCCAUGGAUUGCAGAGUCUUGGGAAAGUUGCCGUUUCACGGAGGAUGCCCCCUCCUGCUAACCUUCCCAGUCUUAAAGCAGAAAACAAAGGCAAUGAUCCUAAUAUAAACAUUGUGCCUAAGGAUGGCACGGGAUGGGCUUCUAAACAAGAACAACAUGAGGAAGAAAAACAGCCAGAAGUGCCACAGACCCAACCAAAGCCUGUAGUUUCUACUCCCCCAGAAGCACCUCCUGUUACCAAAUCAUGGGCCAGUACUAAGCAAGGUGGGCAGGGCGAUGGUCCUGGAGUACAAAUAAAUAGCUAUUUUCAGCAAGAGUUUCCUAGUCUGCAGGCAGCUGGAGAUCAGGAAAAGACAAGUAAAGAAAAGGAUAUCACUGAAGAACCUUAUGGUCCUGGGCCCAGUUUGCGACCACAAAAUGUUGCUAGCUGGAGAGAAGGUGGAGGCAAAAAUUUGAACUCUCCAAACUCGCCAACUGAUCAAGAAGCAAAACCUCUUGCUCAAGAAGAUGGUAAUAUGCCUGGACCACUAGAACAAAAUGAUGGUUUGAAGGUACAAGAGAAGAGAGAUAUAAGGAUAGCACAGCCUCCUCAACCAAAGCUGAAUGGUCAGCAACAGCCUGGAAUUAUACCUCAAUACAGAGCAAUGAUACCACCUUAUAUGCUGAAUCAGUACCCUAAACUGGCAUAUCCUCCAGUGCCGAGUCCUAGUAGAUUCUCAUCACCAUCUGAAAUCAACAGAGGACCACCAAGGGGAAGAGCACCCUCUUCAUGGGGCUCAGAAGCUAUAGAACGUCCCGCCAUCUUAAGUGCUAAUGAACUCAAAGAACUUGAUAAGUUUGAUAAUUUGGAUGCUGAAGCUGAUGAAGGCUGGGCUGGAGCCCAAAGUGAAGUUGAUUAUACUGAACAGUUAAACUUCAGUGAUGACGAUGACCAAGGAAGUAACCAGAAGGAGCAGGGUAGCAGUAAUGAAUCUACAAAGGAUUUGGAGAAAAAAAAUGGGGAAGAAAAUAAAUCAUCUCCCACUUCUUUACAGUCAGUUGGAUCCAAAGGUCCUUGUAGCAAAAGCAAUCAGUUUGAUCAGGGACGGGGUGUAUCACCAGUGCAGACUUCAGUGCUUGAGAGGAGUACUUCUGGGCUCCAUCCAAAAUCUGUUUUGCAGCAUUCAGUUCCAGAUCGUUUAGGGGGGCCAGGAAGACAAGGUCCCUUUCCUCCUAGGCCAGUACCAGAUGAGGAUGAGAUUUGGAAGCAGAGACGAAGGCAACAAGCAGAAAUAUCUGCAGCAGUAGAACGAGCUCGUAAACGGCGAGAAGAAGAGGAGCGAAGAAUGGAAGAGCAAAGAAAAGCAGCAUGUGCUGAGAAGUUAAAACGGUUAAAUGAGAAAUUUGGAUGUGUAACAAAACCAUCCCGGGAAGACCUAUUGAAGGAAAAAGUCAAGGAAAAGGAAAUUGAAAAGGGGAAGGAAAAUGAAAAUGAGAAAGAUAAGGUGAUAGUGACUGAAAGAGAGGAGAAAGAAAGCCAAGACAAGGAAGAGGAGCUGGAGAAGGAGACGGGAAGAGAAAAGGAGGAGAAGGAAAAGGCAGAUGAGAAACCUGAAGCUGAAAUGUCUGAGCCUCAGAAGUCAGUCACGCCACCUCCAAAAGUAGAGAAGCCACCAGAAAGUGAAAGCAGCAGUGAGGAGCCAAAAGCCCACCACCCACCAUGCACAGAGCAUCAGACAGUUUUCACCACACAAGAAAACAAUCAUAAUGAAAGAGAAGGUUCUCAUGAAAGUGAGCCUGAUUCCAGUGCUCAGCCUCGUCCUGCAAUUUUGUCCGGCUAUUCAAAACAGUUUCAGAAAGCAUUGCCACCCAGGUUUCAGAGGCAACAGGAACAGAUGAAACAGCAACAGUGGCAGCAGCAACAAGGGGUACUGCCACAGUCUACACCAUCACAACCUUCUAGUGGCCCUGUUCCACCGCCAUCACACAGACCACUGUAUCAACCCAUACAGCCACACCCUCCACAUUUGACCUCUAUGAGCUUUGAUCCACGGUGGCUUAUGAUGCAGUCUUAUGUGGAUCCACGGAUUAUGUCAGGAAGGCCUGCAAUAGAUAUGCCACCUAUGCACCCAGGAAUGAUACCUCCUAAACCACUACUGAGAAGGGAUCAGAUGGAAGGGACAGGAACAGGAUCAGAUUCUUUUGAUCAUGUUACACGAUCAGCAAGGGAGCAUGGUGUACCACUGUCUGAACCACGCAUGAUAUGGGGGUCAGAACCCUAUUCUUCCACAGAGCCUCAGCAGGCUAGUACCCCUCCAAAAAUCUUAGAAGAAAGUGAAGAUCUAAGGCCAGAUUCACUUCUGGAUCAAGAACAAAUGGUUGUUCAGGCAGUUUACUCAGGAGAUAAGAGUCCAUUGGACCCCCAUACAAAAACAGACAUAUUCAAAGAACCCAGUGAAGAGAGCACACAGAAAUCUUUGAACAGGUCUUUAGAAGAUGCACAGCCUUGCCAAACUAACAUAUCAGAUCUUCCUGUAAGUUUUGAAGUAACUGCAGAACAUGUUUCACAGAUCUCCAAGGAAGAGCCUGUGCCUAUAGAAGACAAUAAUUAUUCCUUGAAAAGGAGCUUUUCGCAUGAAUCUAACCAUUCUCUGAAAUCGGAAGAACAAGGGGAAGAAGCACACACCAGUGUUUCCAAAAUAAACAGCAGGCACAUUGAACCAAAAGAGACAGUAGUUGAAAGAGUGGAUAGCAAACCAAAAAAGGAAGGGUUCCCAACUAAUAGGCUGUCAGAAGGACCAAAACCUGAAAAAUCCUUCAAACCUAAAUCUGAAACCAGGUGGGGUCCAAGACCAAACUAUGGCAGAAGAGAAGAAGGUAGUGACAGGCCAGUACGAAGGUCUGGUCCUAUCAAAAAGCCUAUUCUUAGAGACAUGAAAGAAGAGCGUGAGCAAAGAGAAGAGCGUGAGCAGAAGAAGGAACGAGAGGGGGAAAAACUUGGAAUUGAGAAAGUUGGCAAAACUGAGAAAAAGGAACCACUGCAGGUACCACUUGCCAGGGUAGAACCAGAAAAUGCUAUUAUAGAUAGUAAAAAGACAUCGCAAAGCACACCACAGACGUCAGAGUCCGUAGAGAGCCCCUUGGAGUCUGUAGGCACAUCUGCUGUGCAGCAGCCUCCCCUCCUACAGCAGGCAUCAGUGCCUCCCGUCAUGCAGCAGGCAGCAGUGAUAGCACCAGUGCCUCAGCAGCCAUCUAUGGUCCAGUCACCCCCACCUACAAUUUCCCAGCCUCCUAGUCCACAAGCUGCAGCUGAACCUCCACCCCUUACUAUCCAGCCGCAACCAGUUCAGCAACCUGCUAAUACAACAAAGGAGGAAAAACAGCCAGAGAAAUUAAUUAACAAAGAACGAACUGUAGAAAGACCUAGAAUGGAAACCAGACCUGUAAAAAGGGAACCUGGUUUACCUCCUAGAACAUACUGGAAAGAAGCUAGGGAGAGAGACUGGUUUCCAGACCAAGGAUACAGGGGCAGGGGGCGUGGGGAGUAUUAUUCUAGGGGGCGUAGCUACAGAGGUUCUUAUGGAGGAAGGGGUCGAGGUGGGAGAGGCCAUAAUAGAGACUAUCCUCAUUACAGAGACAACAAGCCUAGAGUGGAGCAUGUGCCUUCUGGUCCUCUGAGACAGAGAGAGGAGAGUGAAACCCGUAGCGAGAGUUCUGAUUUUGAAGUAAUUCCAAAACGGCGGAGGCAAAGAGGCUCAGAAACUGACUCUGAUAGUGAGGUGCAUGAAAGUGCAAGUGAUACUCUUCUAUCAGACAAGGAGAGUUUAAGCAAAGGCAAACAUCCUAAAAGGGAAGAAAAAGCAGAGGGGAAAAAACCUGUGAAACCCCUUUUAUCUUUCAAACCUGAAAAUAACAUUCGUGGGGAAAACAGAGUUCUAGACAAAACUUAUGGAAGGGAAGAGGAGAAUAAACCAAAACCAGGUUUUCUUCCUAAAGGAGAACCUUCCAGGCGUGGAAGAGGGGGAAUGUUUAGACGUGGAGGUAGGGAUCCAGUUGGCCGACCACCACGGCCAUCUACUCUUAGGAGACCAGCAUACAGAGAAACACAGUGGAACCCAAGACAGACAGAAGCCACCAAAGUUGAAGAUGGAGAACCCCAACGGAGGCAUGAACAUUAUACCUCUGUACCACUGGAUAAAAGGCCACCUGCAAAAUUUGAGAGGAAAUUUGAUCCUGCUAGGGAAAGGCCUCGGAGACAAAGGCCCACUCGACCUCCUAGACAGGAUAAGCCGCCUCGCUUUAGACGUCUGAAAGAGAGAGAGGCAGCAUCAAAAAUAAAUGAGGCUGCAACUAGUUCAUCAUCAAGUGCUGCAGUGAGCAAUGCUGUGAAUGAGCAGCCGAGUACUGCUUUGGAGGUUUCAGGAAGUAAGACACCAGACCUUUCCAAUCAGAAUUCCUCAGACCAAGCAAAUGAAGAAUGGGAAACUGCAUCAGAAAGUAGUGAUUUUAAUGAGAGGCGUGAGAGGGAUGAGAAAAAGUUAGCAGAUAUUCCUGCACAGGUAGUUGUUAAAACAGGAGAAGGUACACAAACCCCCAAAAGAGAAAUAGCCAAGAGAAGUUUUUCCAGUCAGCGACCAGGGAUUGAUCGGCAAAAUCGCCGGGGUAAUAGUGGACCAUCAAAAUCGGGACGGAACUUCCCAGGUCCAAGAAAUGAAAGGAGGAGUGGCCCUCCAGGAAGAAGUGGAAAAAGAGGUCCAUUCGAGGAACAGACACCGGUAGUAAUCAGUGCAGAGCCAGUCAGCAGCACUUUACAUCAGGAAGAAAGUGGAAACAGUGCUGCUGUUCUAAAAGGUUCCAAGGAUGUCAACAAGAAACGUGAAGAGCUGAAAGCUUGCCCAAAGAAACCUAAAGAGAAAAUGGAUGCAAUCUCUCAAUUUGACCUUAACAACUAUGCAAGUGUUGUCAUUAUCGAUGACCACCCUGAAGUGACUGUAGUUGAAGACUCCCAAUCCAACUUAAACAAUGAUGGUUUUACUGAAGUGGUAUCAAAAAAACAACAAAAACGCUUGCAGGAUGAAGAACGUAGAAAGAAGGAAGAACAAACUGUGCAGGUAUGGACAAAAAAGAGUUCAAAUGAAAAAGGAAGGUGCUCAAAUUCCAAGCUGCCACCUAGGUUUGCCAAAAAACAACAGCAGGCAACAGCGGCGGCGGCAGCAGCAGCAGCUCAGCAAGCUCAGGCUCAGCCACAGAUUCCAUUGCAAUGUGUGCCUCAUAUUCCAAGUACACAGACUUCAGUUCAGCCACAAGCACAGACAACCUGUUUGGUGAACAGUGCAGAAUAUACAGCAACAAGCAAAAAUCUGCAAAAUGCACCUUCCCAUAAUUCUGUGGGAACUGAAUUGUGGGACAAUAAAGUGCCGCCUACAGCAGUCCUGAGUGACAUCUCUAAAAAAUUGGGACCCAUAAGUCCUCCACAGCCUCCUUCAGUCAGUGCAUGGAAUAAGCCCUUAACGUCGUUUGGAUCAGCUACAUCUCCAGAGGGAUCAGCAGCUGGACAGGACAGUGGAAUUGAUUUGGGAAUAGAACCUAUUCAGUUUGGAGCUCCAGCUUCCAGUGGGAGUGACAAUGAAGUUGGCACAGUUUCAGAGAAACCCUCUGAAAAGCUUCUUGAACCAAAAGAGCAGAGGCAGAAGCAGCCCCGGGCAGGACCUAUAAAAGCACAGAAGCUUCCAGAUUUAAGUCCAAUUGAAAAUAAAGAGUACAAACCUGGUCCAAUUGGGAAAGAGCGGUCGCUAAAGAACAAAAAAGUAAAAGAAGCUCAGCAAGGUGACUCUGAGGGGCAAGAAAAACCCACUCCUACUUCAGUCAGAAAUUCAGACUCCAUUACUUCUAAAGAAACAAAGACAGCUGCUGAACUUGGUACUGAAAUAGGAACAAUGAUAUCAGUAUCUGCUUCAGAUUUUGGAACAACCCAGAAGGAGUCUGUAACAGACUAUACAGCGCCUUCUUCACAUUCCAAUACGGUGGCAACAAGCAGUGCAAAGAUGGAAGAAGCUUUAGUAACAAAUGUGCCCCUGCCCCACACCCUCCCCCUCUCUAGGAGGGAGACUCUACAACAGAGCUCCAGCCUAACUCCAGUUUCUCCCGCUACCAUCGACCUCACCCUCAAGAUGGAGUCUGCUCGCAAAGCAUGGGAAAAUUCACCAAAUGUGGGGGAGAAGAAUUCACCAGUGACAUCAUCGGCAUCUCCUGUCACUGGUGUCAAUAGUGGUGGUGGGAGUGGAGGUGUGAGCAGUAGCAGCAGCAGUGGACCAACCAGUGGUACAUACAGUUCUUUCUCAAGCGCGUCAAUGCCCCCCAUUCCUGUGGCUUCAGUUACACCCACAACAUCAUUGUCAGGAGCUGGAACUUACACCACCUCUUCGCUGAGUACAAAAACCACCACCACCUCUGACCCACCUAACAUCUGUAAAGUGAAACCACAACAAUUACAAACAAGUAAUUUGGCAUCUGCGGGUCAUUUCUCCCAGCUAAGCUGUAUGCCGUCACUCGUUGCUCAGCAACAGCAGAGUCCACAGGUCUAUGUUUCUCAGUCAGCAGCAGCUCAGAUUCCAGCUUUCUAUAUGGAUACAAGCCAUCUGUUCAACACUCAGCAUGCACGUUUGGCUCCUCCUUCACUGGCACAACCGCAAGGAUUUCAAGCAGGUCUGUCACAGCCUGCUUCAGUUCAGCAGAUACCAAUCCCUAUUUAUGCACCUUUGCAAGGGCAGCAUCAAGCCCAGUUGAGCUUAGGCGGAGCACCUGCUGUCUCUCAGGCUCAGGAAUUGUUUAAUUCUCCAUUGCAGCCCUAUAGAUCCCAGCAAGCAUUUAUGCAGAGUGGGCUGUCUCAGCCAUCACCAGUAGUUCUUUCUGGCACAGCCUUACACAACUUCCCAGCAGUGCAACAUCAAGAGCUUGCUAAGGCACAAACAAGUCUUGCAUUUCAACAGACAUCCAACACCCAGCCUAUUCCUAUCCUGUAUGAGCAUCAGUUGAGUCAAGCUUCAGGACUUGGAGGUUCCCAGCUUAUUGAUACACAUCUGCUCCAGGCCAGAGCUACUCUUACCCAGGCCUCAAAUCUGUACUCUGGACAGGUUCAGCAACCUGGUCAGACAAGCUUCUAUAACACAGCUCAGUCUCCUAGUGCUCUUCAGCAGGUAAACUAUGGCACGGUAACAGUACCUAUACCAGGAUCACAGCUUUCUUUGCCCAACUUUGGAUCAGCAGGCCAGCCUUUAAUUGCUCUUCCACAGUCCCUUCAACCUCCAUUGCAGCACACACCACCACAACCUCAGGCUCAGAAUCUGAGUCGGCCAGCACAAGUUGGUCAGCCUUUCAGAGGCUUAAUUCCAGCUGGAACUCAGCACAGCAUUAUAACUGGGAAGAUGUCAGACAUGGACCUGAAGACCUUUGGAAACAGCAUUGAUAAACCAGGCACACCUCCAGUUUCUGGGCGAAGCACCACUCCAACUUCUAGUCCCUUCCGGAAAUAUGAAGACAGAAUGGCUGCAUACUUGCCCAUUUCCCCUUUAUUUCAACAGAGCUUGAACAGGGCUGCGUCUACAAGUCCGAAUAGUCAGUCCAAUAAAAUGAACACCAUUGUGUACCAGAAGCAGUUUCAGUCGGCAGCUGUGAGAAUGACCCAGCCUUUUCCUCCUCAGUUCGCACCCCAGAUUCUCUCUCAGCCUAACCUGGUCCCUCCAUUGGUAAGAGCCCCACAUACUAACACCUUCCCAGCGCCCGUUCAGAGGCCGCCAAUGGCACUGGCUAGUCAGAUGCCACCUCAGAUGACCACAGGUCUUUUGAGCCACCCUCGUUUGCCACAUGUGGCCAGGGGUCCUUGUGGAUCACUGUCUGGAGUCAGAGGCAAUCAGGCCCAGGCUGCGAUGAAGGCCGAACAAGACAUGAAGGCAAAACAGAGAGCUGAAGUCCUUCAGUCUACACAAAGAUUCUUUUCUGAGCAGCAGCAGAACAAGCCGCCUGGGGGCAAAAUUCAAAAAGUGGGUGACAAUGUGAAUAAAGGCCCUGAGCCGCUGGCCGACUCCUCCUCAGGAGCAUGCCAGGACAAAGCAGAGGAGAAGCAGAGUCCUGCACCUGCCACUAUCCCCAAGCCGGUUAGAACUGGACCAAUCAAGCCUCAAGCUAUCAAGACAGAAGAAACAAAAUCAUAAGUGCUGAGUGCAUUUCUGUUACUAUGGGGGUUUUUUGUGUGGAACGACAGCAGCACAAACCUAUAGCCAGCCCAAAAGGGCAAGGCAUGCUCUUUCAAGGUUGUGUGUGGGAUAAAGAGAUGCAGAUGUGAACAGCUACAGGCUCGAAAGGUCUGGUGAUCUUGAGGCAUGUAGUUUCCAUGCCACCCCAUGAAUGAGCUUGAUCUUUCUGAACAGAGUGUGAUCUUUCCUUUCCAAGGAUGUCAGAUGAGAGCUAAUUUUCCCAAGGCAUCUUCUUAGCUGAAGGUAAACAUUCUACUCUUUGUUGCUGCUGUUUCGUUUUGGGAAGAGAGGCAUAACACAGAAGGCCUUCCUGAACAACACUGGGUUUGGUUUUAUGUUACUCGGUGUCCUGAGGGAGUAUUAUAAUGAACCAAGAAAAUUUGAGGCAAUUGGUAAGUGACACAGAAGAGCUUAAUCACCCCUGCCCUUUUUAAAAAAUUCCCUGCCCCCUACACACACUUCAUUCUCUAAAUGUUGUUUGUCAGACUUCUGUAAAAGGCAGGUUGUGGCUGCUGCUAAUUUGAUAUACUGAACUCAACUAAGUUUAAAAAAUGUCAGUGGGCCCCCUUGUUACUCUCACACCAGAUAUGCAGACUUUCUGAGACCCUUUUUAGGAGUAGUAUCUUCAUUCUCCUUGAGCUGUCGCUGAGUAGCACUCGGGAAAAGAAAGCCUUUGGCCUCCAGAUGGCUUUCAGCUUAUGUCUGUAUAGAUCAGCAAGCACUUGACAUUGUGCCAGAAGAGUAAGCAUCUUAUAAAAUGGCACAUUCUUAUAUCAGAGCUGCAUCGCACCUACUUGCUCACUCCGUGGCGGGAAAUAGAAUCAAGUCAAAUAAUGCCUUCUUAAAUUGUAUCCUUCUAGUAGUAUAGCUGUAGGAGAGUACUGUAUGAUAACUUCUGUGAAUGUAAAAUACCCAUACUUGCUUAUGAUAUGUAGUUGUGACUGUGCUAUAGCAGAGCUGUUCAAUAAUGUUACUCUAGACUUUUCAGGCAAUGGUUGGAAAUUAACACAAUCACCACAUGCCACACCAGUUGCAGAACUGGCUGUUUUCUCUAAUAAAUUCCUUUUCUUCCUCUUUCCUUCCCCACUCUUUCCUGGAACAGAGUGAGCUAAAAGUCUAAUGUGUAUAAUUUUGUUCAGAUGACAGCAGAAGCUGGGAAUUGCUGCUAUUGAUGCCUAGUGAAAUGCUAUUGGUUAUCUUUUUUAUAUAAAUAUUAUAAUUUGAAGUUUUCAAAACUUAGCUGUGAUGUCAGCUUUGGGGAAGAGAUAUCCAAUUGUACUGUGAGUUGGCAUUGUACAGAAAUUAACAGCCAUAUUGGUCUAGAAAUGUUUAAACUUUUUCAUUUGUACAGGGGUAACGCACUGUAUUAAAUAUGUAAGGUCUUAUUUACAUGGGUUUGAUUACAGAAACUAAUAAAAUAUUCUCUACAUAAAA